AUGGAGAACCACUUGAAUAGUCUCUCGCGAUACUGUAUCGCUGAACUCCCUACCAAUGUGCUGUCCGAUUUUAAGACUGCCAUUGAAUCGGUUCGGGACGAGUUGAAAUUGAACGACAAUGUCUUCCGCGGCGUGGAUGGCUUCUUGGCCAAGUAUUUCGAGAAACCAAGCUGGUCCCCCGCAGUCAAGGAUACCAUCCGCGGCGCCAAGUCGGCCGACAUCGUCAAGCUGUCCAGAGACAUCUUCAAUAUUGUCCGCUUGGGCACCUUGAUGGACUGGCUUGUCGAUUUUCGGUCUCUCUUCUUCACCGCUGAUCCCAAAAUCCGCUUCCGCUGCGAGCCCAUCACCACGCCGGAGCUGCGCUUCAGUGCCAGCAUCUAUUUCGAAACGGAAGAUAUCUCGACCGCCGCAGGCAGUACCCGCGUGUAUGGCGAAUAUCAUCACGGCGAUGCUCACGUGGCGGGUGACGAUAACGGCUUUCUACCCUUUGCUGCGCGUGCUCUGCAAGUCAGCGAAUUGAUUGACCUGGGUCAUAACCCUCAAGAACUGUUGCGUAUCCUGGCGGGCUACGGUAUGAUGGAUGAUAAAGAGUCUGGAGUCAACACGUUUGUAAAGUGUUUUGGACUCGGAUUGGACAGCUAUGUUUCUUUGAGUGAAGACUUUUACAACAAGAUGUAUCUCCGACCAGAGAUGAUUGCAGCCCCAGGUUACUUGGUUGGGCUGGGAACGACAUGCUUCGCCGCCUCGGAAUCUACAACCGACGAGCCAGACAUUGUUGUCAAGUUUUCUUGGAGAGCCGACAACACAACUACCGAGCCUCGGAUGCUUUGGUUGGCACACAAGGGCGGAGUCAAGGGUAUCAUCAAGCUCCUCGGCCAUCAAGACCUAGUCAGCAUUGCCGACCUUCGCCAGCCACUGCAGUUCCCUCGAUCAUUUGUCAAUCGAACCUUGUCGUGCUUCGCCACUAGCCCUCUCGGCCGUCCGAUCAGAAAGUAUGUGUCGAUCAGUGAGCUUCUUGAGGUCUUAGGCGACCUCGUCAAGGCGAUUCAGUCUCUCUACGAGGAUGGAAGAAUGAUUCAUCGGGACAUUGCCAUCAAGAAUCUGGUCAUCAGUCCCCAGGGCUGCUGGGGUAACCCCAUGGGCAUCCUGAUCGACUUUGACUCGGCGCUGAAAGUCAAGAAAGGUCACCCUGUUGGGCAGCGGGUUGGGUCGGAUGGGUUCAUGGCCAUCGGUGUUCUCCGUGGGGAAGAACACACGUAUCGACACGACCUGGAGUCUUUGUUCUAUGUUUUUUUGUGGCUAGCCAUUGCCAAUGAUAGAGAGCAUGACCACGCCCGGGAGAUUUUGAAGGGAUUGCCAGAGAAAUCUCGGCUCCAUAAUUGGUGCUCACCGGUCCUGAACUUUUCCGCCGUCGAGAAGGCAGUAACGGCCGACAUGAGCCCGCAAGGCUUCGAGGGGAUUCUGGGUGAAUUCUCUCCCGACUUUGUUGAACUCAAAAACCUGGCCAGGAGGCUACACGGGCUGAUUUUCCCAGUGCGUGACGGGAUGAUUUUCACGGGGACUGACAAGGAUAAGAAAGCUGCCACCUGGCUCUUCACUACGAUGGCAAAUGCUUUUAUGGAUAAGACUCGCUGUCAAAGGACUCGCUGUAAAGGUCGUAGUCUUUAA